GGUACACUUUCACACGUUUCAAAUUGAACCUCUCGAAAACAUCGUUACCGAAUUUCAAAAUGUUACCAUUUCUGAUAUCAAAGACUAAAUUAAUGCAAAUUAAAAAACAAAAACCGAACGAGCAAAAGUCAAAAGCGAAAACGGUGUUUAAAACGGGAAAUAAUUUAGCUAAGUCUAAACCGAGACGCGUGAAACGUAAACCUCUGAAUAUUCCAAUGGCUAUUUCAACGACGCCGUGUGAUUGUGCACUGAUGCACGUGACGAGGAUAGUUUUAAACUACGCCCCAAAAAGUAGGAAGCGUGGUGCAUCGAAUAUAGUAUUUUCGGUGACGUCUUGGGGUACAGGGCAACAGAAAAGGCUUAAACUGCCUAGUAUUCAAAUAAAAAAGAAGUUCAUAAAGAAAGAAAAUACGUUAGCAUAUGAUAGUAAUGAUUUUUUUAAAAAACUCGAGAACCAACUAAAAGCUUUAAAUCUAGGAAAAGUACUUAAGAACAAGAAAAGUGAAACACCAGCUUCACAGCGAUCCGUGGGAGGAAAGGAAGCUGAUAAUGACCAUGAGCAUAUCGCAAACGUCGAUGAGAAUAGUGGUGAAGUUCGGCGACGUGGUAAAAGACGCCGUAAGGGCAGACCUGGAGGUAGUGAUCGUUUGACUUCAGCUGGACUAGCAGCCCAAGCUCAGCAGGACCCUGAAACACAAAUCGCAGGUAUAGUUACGGACUCCCAAAAUCCUAGUUCCCGAUGCUCGAUAUCUCAAGCGGUUGAGGAUGAUAUUAUUCUGCCGGUGAUCAAGACUAGUGUAGCGAAAAAGACAGACUCAUUCCUUGACGAUGAUAUUUUGAAGUAUUUACAUAGGGAGGUGGAUGAAGAAGCUAUCGAGACUGAAUUCGACACUAAGCGUCGGUAUGUCCUAGAAGAAGCAUUUCGGACUCGUCCCGAGCGUCCCUACUCUCAAGAAAUGCAGAAUCUUCUUCGUGAGCUACGAAUACCGGCAGUCAGCUUGGGUGAUUGGCUUCACAUACCAAGAGUGUUUUCCAGACAGAACGCCCAGUUCAGCUUGCCGAUCGAUUCCAACGCUUUAGAAACCCUAACACCAAUGCAGUAUGCAGCACGGUUCGUAAUAUUGAAAAAAUCAAAACAACUCCUUUACUUGACCGUUUUGAGGAAGUUCAGACAAAGAGGAUACAGGAUGCCAAUAAAAAACUUACAAGAAGGUCUUAUGCUUAUGAUGGGUGGCAUUCUUUCACUGGAACAAGCAAAGCAGUUUGGAAGCAUCAUGGAAUGGGAUGAUUACGAAGAAGACGAGAACAUUCCCGAUGAGAUUAAACUUACCCUUCUCGAAACUGGUUAUAGAAAAGACUAUCAUAUGGAAGGAGGCGAUACAGGCGAGUCUGAUGCACAAACGAUAAAAUACAGAACUUGGUGCGGUCUAUGCGGAAUUUGCGAACGAAUGUACGGGCGCUUUCCGCCUCGAGAUAAGGACCCUCCUGACGGUAUGGAACUUAGCGAUUUUACUAUGAUAGAAACGAAGCUUGCUAUGUUAAAAGUACACUGUGGACUCAUUGAAGUGCUAAAUACAAUUAGAAUACGAUAGCUUAUUAUUUAUUUACCUCCUAUGAUAUAUUUUUGUAUGAAUA